AUUUUUGAGAAAUAUUUUUUUCACUUAAACAACAGAAUAUUAAAUUAUUUAGUUAGUGUUGUAACGUGGUAAUUAAGGAGGAUCCCCGUGGAUUUUUAAGAUUCACAUAUUAUACUUUAUGUAAUCAAAUUGUAUGUUAUAUCUCUAAUGAUAACAAUUUUGUUAUUAGAUUGAUAACAACCAUCCGAUGUCCGGAUUAUAACGAAGUGCCGGACAUCAUCGUAAAACCAUUACGAUUGUUCGUGUAUUCGUUCUUUGCGUCUGUUUUCAUAAAAAUAAACAUGGAUCUACAAGAAUGACUGUUUUAUGGAAAAGUUAAUUGUUAAAUGAUUUAAAUGUUUUAAAAAUUAAUUACUUAUAAUAUGGCGUUUUGGUAUUUUGAUAAGGACGAAUUACAUCGAACAGCAUCGGCUCAAGAUGGUAUACCAUAUGAACUAGAAUGUCGAUAUCGACAAGAAGGUGCACGUUUUAUCAUUGAUGCGGGAACCAAAAUGGAUUUAGGGUAUAAUACCAUGGCUACUGGUGUUGUGUACUUCCAUCGUUUUUACAUGUAUCAUUCUUUUAAUACUUUUCCACGAUAUCUUACAGCAUGUUGUUGUUUGUUCCUUGCUGGUAAAGUUGAAGAAACUCCUAAAAAGUGUAAAGAUAUUAUUAAGAUAGCAAAAGCACUACUGCCAGAAGUCAAAUAUGAAACUCUUGGUUUGGAUCCUAAAGAAGAAGUAAUGGUUCUUGAACGUAUCAUACUUCAGACUAUUAAAUUUGAUUUGCAAGUUGACCAUCCUUAUCAAUUUUUGUUGAAAUAUGCUAAAUGCUUGAAAGGAGAUAAAGCAAAACUGACUAAAAUGGUUCAAAUGGCAUGGACUUUUGUAAACGACAGUUUAUGUACAACUCUUUGUUUACAAUGGGAACCUGAAAUUAUUGCUGUUUCAUUAAUAUACCUUGCAUGUAAACUUAGUAAAUUUGAAUUAAAUGAUUGGCAAGGUCGUAUGCCACAUCAUCUACGUUGGUGGGAUAUGUUUGUACAAGGCAUGAACAUGGAUUUAUUAGAAGAUAUCUGUCAUCAAGUACUUGAUCUUUACUCAUCUCCAGUUGAAAAAUCACUUCCAUCUCCACCACCUCAAGAUAAAUUUAUUGUACCUAAGAAAAUUAUACCUCCGCAAUCUAUUUAUCAAAAGUUAUUACUACAAAAAAUGGCUGUAAAAUACAGCUUAACAUCUGAACAAACAAUGCAAGCAGCAAUGACUAAAAAUGUUAAACUUUUAGCAUCACAGACUAGCAAUACACCAAUAAAAUCAAUUGUGCCUGUGCCACCUGGAACUAAACCACAAGUAAAUUCUGUUGCCACAACAAAAACUCAGAGUAUACAAAAACAAGUUUUGCAACCUCCACCCACUCCACCAAAGUUACUUGUACAACAGACAACUCAAAAACAUCCUCCUUUACCAUCUACUAGGCCACCAUUACCAGAAAGACCACCGCCACCACCAUCUCAACCACCUUUACCACCAAAUCCUAACCAAAUGAUAAUAGUUCCACAAAAUGUUACUUCUUUACCCCAUCCUCCUAUGCAACCACCACCAAUUCCACCAGGUAAUUUUCCUCCAAUGUAUCCUUAUGCUCCUAUGCCAGGAAAUCCACAACAGCCAUAUCUGAAUCCUAUGUUUCCACCUCAACCUUCAAAUAUGAUGAACACAGCACCAUCACCUUAUCGACCACACGAAUCAAUGCCUCCAAUGGGUAUAUCAUACAUGGGUGAAGCUGCUCCACAACGACCACCUUAUAAUGAAAGCUAUAAUCAAAGACAAAAUAUUACUCAACCUCCUCCUCCUCCUCCUCCUCUUCAAACUUAUAAUGAGUAUGAAAUGACAGAUGGAGGAUUUCAAGAACCAUUUGAUGAUAACCGACAAAAGUAUAUAGAUGGUUCUUAUGGUGGACCAAACUAUGGAAGUGUUUCUCAAAGUUAUAAUGAUGGUCAACAUUACAAUGAAAAUGGCACACAUUAUCCAGAUCCAUCUUAUCAACAGUAUAGACCUCAUUUACCUGCAAAUCGAGGUUUCAACAAUAGAAAUAAUCGACCACCGCCUGUAUAUCAGAACCGGCCUCCAAUCCGAAAUCAUCCUUAUCAAAAAAGAUAACUGUUGACACUUUUUUUAAGUAAAAUUAUUAUGUAUUAGGUAAAUAAUAUCUAUAGGGUUAUUUUAAUAUUAAUAAAGUUUUAAAAAAUCUUUUAAUGAAAUGACUGAAAUGUAGUUAAAUUACUAUAAAUUAAAAUUAUAUAUACAACAUUUUUUAAUAA